GAAAUAAUAAAACCAAUCAGCCAAAGAGAGAGCUGAAACUCUCCAUAUAAAGAAAAGAGCUGAGCAAGCGAAGAAGAGAGAAACAGAGCAGCCAUGGUUCUUCUUGACAAGCUCUGGGACGACGUUCUCGCCGGUCCUCACCCCGACAAAGGUCUCGGCAAACUCCGGGGGAAGAUCUCUUCCAAACCCCUGCACAUCAAUCCCCAAAAAGGUGGUGAAGCGGAGAGCAGCGGAACGCUGUACCAGCGCUCGGCGUCCAUGCCGACCACGCCGAUAACGCCGCUGACGCCGAACUCGGCGGCGACGCCGACUGCGAGAAAAGCUAACGUCUGGCGAAGCGUGUUCCACCCUGGAAGCAAUAUUAAUACGAAGACGCUCGGCUCAGAUCUCUUCGAUAAACCACAGCCCAAUUCUCCCACCGUUUAUGAUUGGAUGUAUAGUGGUGAGACAAGGAGCAAGCACAGGUGAAAUGAUGGAAAUUUGCUGUGUUUUGAUCUGAGAAAGAGAGCAGAUUUGUGAGAGAGAGAGAGAGAAAGUGUUUGUAAAUACUUUUCCUUAAGUGUGUUUGUCCUUCUAAGAUUAUGCUAUCAAGCUAGUUUGGAGUGUUGGGAGCUGUGUGAUGUAAAUAUUUUGCUUUGUCAAUAAAAAAUAUCAAGAACUUAUUAGUAAA